CAUACGCAUCAUGGAUUUGUUACUAUUUAUAACAGCGGCAGCCCACAUUGUAUAUACCCCCUUUACCAAAGUGGAGGAGAGUUUCAAUCUACAGGCCAUACAUGACAUUUUGUAUUUGCGUCAUAAUUUCACUGAGUAUGAUCACCAUGAAUUCCCUGGAGUUGUGCCGCGUACAUUUUUGGGUCCCUUAUUCAUAUCAAUACUCUCAUCACCAUUCAUUUUACUUUUCGAAACGUUGCAUAUCAGCAAAUAUUGGUCUCUGUAUAUAGUUCGUCUUGUUUUGGCAGCUGUUGUGACAUGUGCAUGGACCAAAUUAAAACGUGUCAUUACCAAAAUCUAUGGUUCCGAUGUUAGUCUUUGGUUUAGUCUUAUCACACUAACGCAAUUUCAUUUCAUCUUUUAUAUGUCUCGGACAUUGCCCAAUAUUAUGGCACUACCAUUGGUACUCUAUGCAUUGGCCUAUUGGUUCAAUGAUCAGAUGAAACCAUUCAUUAUAUGUUCCGGCAUUGCCAUAUUAAUAUUCCGUUCGGAAUUACUUAUAUUUUUGGGCCUGUUGCUUUUAAUUAAGGUCUUAUUUAAGAAGGUGACAAUACCCAGGAUUUUAAAAAUUGCCAUACCAACUGCCAUUGUAAUACUUGCCAUUUCGAUUGUUGUGGACUCGUUCUUUUGGCAACGUUUAGUUUGGCCGGAGGGUGAAGUGUUAUGGUAUAACACCAUAUUAAAUAAAAGCUCCAAUUGGGGUACUUCACCAUUUUUAUGGUAUUUUUAUUCAGCUUUGCCAAGAGCUAUGGCUACAUCAUUAUUAUUUGUACCAAUUGGCUUCGUUUUGGAGAGAAGAGUCCGACCGAUUGUUUUGGCUACUAUUGGCUUUGUUGUAAUUUACUCCAUACUACCUCAUAAGGAGCUGCGUUUUAUAAUUUAUGUAUUUCCUGUAUUGAAUUUAGCAGCCGCCACAGCUUGCCAUCGUAUUUGGUCGAAUAGUGGCAAAUCAUUGUGGCAUGGAUUCUUGUCCCUAUGUGCUGGAGGACAUUUACUAUUGAAUGUUUGUGUGACAUUAUUCCUACUAAUUGUAUCCGGUACUAAUUAUCCUGGUGGAGUGGCUAUAACACGCCUACAUACACUUGAGGCUGGAUCCUCAAAUGUUUCGGUGCACAUCUCUAAUUUGGCCGCACAAAGUGGAGUAUCGAGAUUUUUACAAUUACACGAUAAUUGGAAUUACUGCAAAAAGGAGCAAAUGAAUUAUACCAAAGAAGAGUCCUUGGAGUACACCCACUUAAUUGUGGAAGCUAAAAAUAAAUUCAACAAUCAAUUAUGGUCAUCGCUUCAGGAAGAUUUUGAUACUGUGGAAUUUGUGGAUUGUUUCAAUAAUAUUGGUAUACAAUAUAAUUCGAUUAUGCCAAUUAAAAUAAAAACCAAGGCAUGUUUGGCUAUAUUGAAGAAGAAACCAGGCAAGGAGCCAAGUGUAAGCAAGAAAGAAAGUAAAAAGAGGAAAAAGAAGUCUGUAAAUGAGGAGAUUGUUGAGGAGAGCUUAGAAACGCCCACAAAGAAAACUAAAAAGGCCAAAGAAAAACCGAAGAAAAAGACAAUAGUUAGCUUAGAAGAUGAUAAUGAUGCAAUCGUAUCAACCGUUGAGUCCUAUGAAGAACAAGAUCUCUACAAUUCCAAAGAAACCGCUGAAACACCACAAAAAGAAAUUAAUUUCGAUGAAUUACGGAAUUUAGCUAUGGGCCAAGUAAAUCGUAAAACGAAAGCUACGAAAUUAAAAAUACGACGUCUCAUUGAACAACAUUUCCGUUCGAAGGGUAAACACAUUGAAAAUGAUUCUCAAGAAAAACCAACCAUCAAAACCGAAAAAGUCAUCUCUACCAAACAAUCGGUAAAGGCGAUCAUUAAACAGGAACGUAUCAAAGAAAUGAUUGAACAAAUUUCCACUAUGGAUUUAACGAAAAUGUGCAAUUUAGAGAAGGUAUCCACUAAGGAUUGCCUAAAGAGUGUUAUCGACAAAAUUGAUGGACAAACGCAAAGCUAG